GCAAGAGAGAGAGAGACAGAGAGAGUGAUAGACAGAGAGAGAGAGAGAGAGAGAGAACAAGAGAUAGAGAGAGAGAGAGAGAGAGAGAGAGAGCGAGGAGAGAGAGAGAGAGAGCGAGAGAAAGAGAGAGAGAGAAAAAGAGAGCGCAAGAGCAUUUCUGUUAAGAAGAGGAAACAAAAAGUAGAGUAAAACCUCUAGAUUCAAUGUAAAGUCACAUAGAUUGAAUCGACAGUUCUGAAUCGUGGAAGAGGACCAGUUGAUUUGAGGUUCAGACGAACAACGUCUACCAGUGAAGAACAAUAGAGAGGAAGAGAAGAGAAGGAAACUGGUUUGCCUGGCAGCUUCUGGGACCAAUGCGAAGAGGAAGACUCGGAGAGGAGCGGGACAAAGAAUAGAAACUCACCUUCAGGAUGUCAGUGUCUCGGAGGUGUUUGUGCUGUGUCAAAUAUUUGAUGUUUGUCUUUAACCUCAUCUUCUGGCUAGGAGGAUGCGGCUUGUUUGGCAUUGGAGUCUGGCUGUCCUUCACCCAGGCAGAGUUCUCCUCUCUUCCCCUGUCCUUUCCAUCCCUCUCAGCUGCCAACCUGCUGCUGGUCGCCGGUGGCAUCACCAUGGUGACUGGCUUCCUGGGUUGUCUCGGAGCCCUGAAAGAGCAACGCUGCCUGUUGUUCAUGUUCUUUGUGAUUCUUCUGCUCCUGGUCCUGACAGAGGCCACUCUCAUAUUGGUUAUACACAUCUUCCAUGACAAGCUGGAUUCCAAAGCACAAGGUGAAUUAAAGGACGGUAUGAAGAUUUAUGAAUCAGAAGCUGGACUGAAAAAAUCCUGGGACAACGUCCAGAAAAUGUUCAAAUGCUGUGGAGUAACUAACAAAACAGACUGGUAUGAUGUGCUGAAUGGAACGCUGCCGUCAUCCUGCUGCUCCGUUGGAACAGACCACUGUGUUGACGGAUGGAGUGAGCCGUGUUAUCAGAAGGCCAGGCAGUGGCUGCUGGAUAACAUCCCAUCAGUUCUGGUGUUUGGCCUGUGUAUUGGUGUUGUGCAGAUCCUGGCCCUGGUGUUCUCCUUGUUGAUGUACUGUCAAAUUCUAUGUGCUGAGAAGGACUUGGACUGACUGCAGACCAGCUGUUCACUGGCUCCUGAUAGGAAAGCUCAUCACAAACUCCACUGGGAUCUCAAGACAUCCUCAAAACCUUAUCCGAACUUUCAAAACCCCCAAUCCACACUGCGUUGCUCCACUGCUUACUCUGGUUUCGGACUGAACACGGGUGCCUUUCAAAUGCGCUGAGGCAUUGUUCUUAAGAAUUAACAUUCCCAAAAAAUCUAUAGUAACUCUAUCCAACCAUAUCAGUGGGCGAUCAACAGUAGUAACAGACUGAGGAGGUUUGGUAGUACCAGUCAUGAAAUAUAGUAUAGGGAACAUCAUGGUUUAAGGUUUCAUUUUCCCACUAGAAUUCAUCAGACUCCGAGCAAAACAAAUGACGGUGAAAUAAGCUUAAUGCAUUGCUCCUGGAGAAUAACCUGAGAGGAACAUUGGGUCCUCGGUCAUCUUACAGGAACCUCUGGCUUAUUAUACAGUAUUUUGUUUCCAGAGUUGCAUAUUUUAUAAUAAUGUCACACAUAGGAAAGAAUAGAGUGGCAUUUGUUAUUAUUCUUCUUAUCAUAUUUCUGUUUAAUGAAACAACAAGACAUGCAUUCUCUUAUUUAGUAGGGCUGUUCCUCACCAUUCCUAAUUUCAUUUUCUGGAUUUCAUUAUUUGUCCACAAUGUCAAGAAGAGAGGACAAGUAAUAAUAACUUAACAUAAAGAACACUCUUUACAUAGCACUAUAGUUCACUUUGUUAAUAUGUUAAAGCCUUGUAUAUAUUGCUAAACUAUAUGAGCAUUUGAGUGACUUCACAGUUUUACAAUGCUCUUAUUUCAAUCUAUUUGAUCUAAUCAUGACAGCGAUAUUUUGAAGAUA